AUGACUACCGAGGUGAGCAUCAAGACUACAGUCUACCGCGCUACCAAUUGCGCCACAGCCGCCGCGGCCCCCUACGUCCACGAUGAGCGGCCAUCAACGAACACAAGGCGAGGCGAGCGCAACCCCAACCACCACCGCCGCCGCACCACCGCCUCAGCCCAGCACGCGGCCUCGGCCUCGGUCUCUGCGCGCUCGACAGACAGCGCUUCGGUCGAGCAGCUGAAGGAGACCUUCAACCGACUGCGGCAGCGCUUGUCGGCCGAUGCCGGCGGCAGCGGCAAGCAGCAGCCGUGGCUGCUGUGGGACGUGGUGGCGGCCAUCAAGCAGCUGGGCGGGGCCAUGCAGCGGCUCAAGGUGCGGAGCGGCAAGCUGGGCGGGAUCGAGCUCGACGUCGAUGUCUUCCCGCUCGUGUGGCGCCUCGAGAUCGACCAACUGCACCGCUUGAACGGCCUCAUGAGCGCCCUGUCCACCCUGCCCGGCGCCGGCCGCAACUCGCCGGUGAAGCCCGACGUGCGGGUGUACGGCAAGCUGAUCGCCAGCCGGCAGACGGAGCAGGCCUUUGCGGCGCUGGACCUGAUGCGGGCGCACGGCCUGCACCCCAACCUGCGGGUCAUCACCGCGCUCCUGCCGGUCUGCACCAUGGCCACGGUCGAGCCCGUGUUCGACCAAAUCCGCCGCCACGACCUCCGGCCCGACCGCGUGUUCCUCGUGGGCACGCUCGAGCUCUACGCGCGCAGCCACGCGACCGACAAGCUGCUCGAGCUGCUGCGGGUCAUGGAGCCCGAGUUUAAGGUGGCGCCCGACGUGCACAUCUUUAAUGUGGCGCUGCAGGGCUGCGUCAACGCGGAGGACCUCGCCGCCGGCUGGCGCGUGCGCGAAAUGAUGCGCGAGUUUAAGGUGGCGCCCGAUCGCGCGUCGGUCGUGCAGCUGAUCGCGCUCUGUAGCCAGAAGCAGCUGCGGUGGGACCAGCAGCGCCAGGCGUGGGGCCGCGCCGAGCGCCAGCGGCCGCACCCCUACGCGCGGCCCGACCCGCAGCAGGAGCUGAUGGACCGCUGGCUGGGCGACGUCUUUGCCGACAUGCGGCGGCACCGCAUCCGCGCCUGGGGCCUCUUCCAGAUCAUGCUCGACGCCGGCGUGGAGGCGAACGAGGUGGCGUACAAUGUGUUGCUCAAGCGGUGCCGCGACCUGGCCGAGUGCGAUCGCGGGCUGGCGCUGUGGGAGACCAUGCGGGCCAGCGGCGUGCCGCCCAGCGCCACCACCUUCGCGCUGCUGCUCCAGCUGUGCGGCCGCAUGCCCGACGCGGUCGAGGGCGCGGCACGCGCGCAGCGGGUGUGGGACUCGAUGGUGCACGAGCACGGGCGGCAGCCGGACCACGGCCACCUCGGCGCGCUGCUCUACGCGUGCGGCCGCACCGGCGACGUCGACGCCGCCCUGGCCCUGCUCGACGACGUCAAGCUCCGGUACGGCGUAGCGCCCAUCGAAGACACCUUCACCUCGCUCCUCGACGGGCUCACCGCCCACAACAACAACAACUCCAACGACAACGACGACGAUAACGAAGUCGACGGUGAUGGUGAAAGCGAGGAGCGCGAUCGACAGUACGAGGCGUGCCUGCGGGUGAUGCGGCGGGCCGAGGCCGAGGGGGUCACGCCGCGCAUGCAGAAGGUCAAGUACACGUUCAAGAUGAGCAUGCGCCGGGACCGGUUCGACGAGGCCGAGUGGCUGCUCGGGUGCAUGCGCCGCAAGGGCCUCCCCGACGCGGCCCACCAGUCCUUCGCCGCCAGCCUCGCCUCGGCCAAGGCCGCCGCCUCCGUCGGUCUCGUUACCAUGUAG